CGCAGCUGGGAAAUGGAAACUAAACACUUUACUAACAGUCUAAUAGUAACUGCUAAAUUGGCAAAGGUCAAGCUUACUAAAGUAUUUUUAGACCUGACUCGUUCCUAGAAGGCCAGACCUAUCUAGGCGGAUAACAACCAGUGGCUAAAUAGACACGUACCUCGGUGCAGAGGAUUUCACCUCGAUCAUUUACCCGUUCUUGGCUUAAGCGUCGUUAAUCUGAAUAUUCUCACGUACCCCACAGUCAAGACGCGGAGGUCACAUCUUACGGAGCUUAACACGACGACCACCUGGUUAUUGAAGCUAACCGGCUGCUUCUCCACGUGUUUAGAGUGUCAGAUGGUAACCUAUGGCGCAUGGAUGUUAGCGUUAGAAUAUGAUGAGGAUUCUAGAACGAGGUAUAGCAAUUAGUAUGGAGUUACCGGCAAAUAUGGAUCAUAUCGGCCGUUGUCGUGCCUAGAAGCAUCUAUUAAAGUCGUUCUCAAUGAUAAAACGGAGCGAUACCAGUGUGAAUUUUGUAGAUUAUAGACUACUCUUCAGAGAAAAAGCUACGAGAGUUAUUUAAACGUAGCAAAUAUGAUAUUAACUGAUCUUAUCCUCGCCUCCAGCACGCUGCCUUUCGCCUCGGCGGGACCGGCGUGGCUCGGCCGUCGCCAGGCUGGAUCAACAAUCACGGUUGAUCUGUCGAAGACCUACCAGACGAUCGACGGGUUCGGAUGCUCGUUCGCCUUCCAGCGGGCGAACCUCAUCACCAACAUGUCGGACAAGACCAAGCAGAGGGAGCUGCUGGACCUGCUCUUCAACACGACCUCGGGCGCGGGCCUGUCCAUCAUCCGCAACGGCAUCGGCUCGAGCCCGGACAGCAGCUCCGACCACAUGAACACGUUCGCGCCCAAGGACCCCGGCGGGCCCAAGGCCACCCCGCAGUACCAGUGGGACGGUAAGGACUCCGGCCAGCUGUGGUUGACGCGGGAGGCGUAUAAUACGUACGGAGUACGCCAGAUUUAUGGCGAUGCUUGGAGCGCGCCGGGAUACAUGAAGACAAACGGCAACGAAGUAAAUGGCGGCACGCUAUGCGGCGUCUCGGGGACGAACUGCCGAAGCGGCGACUGGAGACAGGCGUAUGCGGACUACCUAGUCCAAUACGUGAAAUACUACGCCGAAGCCGGGGUUCCCGUUACUCGGAUCGGCUUCCUCAACGAGCCCGAGUUCACGACGAGCUACGCGUCGAUGAACUCGAACGGGGCGCAAGCGGCCGACUUCAUCAAGGUCCUGCACGCGACCCUCGAGGCCGCCAACCUGACCGCGCAGGUCGGCAUCGGGUGCUGCGAGUCCGAGGGCUGGGGCAAUCAGGUCAAUAUGGUAAAUGCCAUCAAGUCUGCCGGCGCGGAGAACCUGCUCGCGACGAUUACUUCGCAUACGUAUACCGGGGGGCCGAAUGGCCCGAUGAAUUCACGCGUCCCCGUCUGGCUCUCCGAGCAAUGCGACCUCCAAGGGCAAUGGACGACAUCAUGGUACAGCUUCGGCGGCGCAGGCGAGGGGCUAACAUGGGCGAACAACAUCUAUAACGCGCUAGUGAACUACAAUGUCUCGGGGUACCUGUACUGGGAAGGGGUCCAAUGGCCCUCGCCCAACACCAACGAGAAGAUGAUCCGCGUCGACCAGCAGGCGCCCUACAACUACGAGGUCUCGAAGCGGCUGUGGGCGUUCGCCAACUGGUCGCGCUUCGUGCGGCCCGGGGCCGUGCGUGUGGCGAGCUCGGGAGGAGGGUCGGGCGUGAAGAGCGCGGCGUUCAGGAAUGCGGAUGGCAGCGUGACUGUGGUCGUUAUCAGCACGGGAGGGUCCGCGAGUACCGUGAAUGUGAAGGUUAACGGCGUCAAUGCGACGGAGGCUACCGGCUGGGUUACCGACCAGACGCAUAAUUGCGAGAAGAUCGGCGUUAGUGUCUCUGGCGGCUCCGUCGCGGGAAGUGUGGCUGCCCGCUCCAUUACGACUUUCCAUAUCCCGGCACCGCCUGCUCCCCCGGCUGCGAGGAGCGCGGUGAGUCUAAGUGGUUGGCGAUUCGUAUGAGAGUUGAGUCUAGCAUGUCGGGCCUUGGGAAUCCCGUACAAGUUUACCGUUGUGAUUCCUCACAAACAUCUACGAGUUUUCGAUGAAAUCCACUCUUUAGAACAUAAAAAAGUUUGUA